AUGGAUCACAACUCUAUGGAGACCUUCUUUGGUCUCAUCAAGACUCCAAUCGAUGCUCUUAUAAUCUUUGAAGGCAAAGUUCACCGUCGCCUCUCUGACAUUGAGCGCCAAUCAGUCCGAUCUGGCUCGGUCUACUGCUUUGAUGAGCGUGAGGCGGGCAUGCGCCGCUGGACCGACGGCAAGAGCUGGAGUCCCAGUCGAGUUACCGGCAGCUUCCUUACCUACCGCGAGCUCGACGAGGCCCAAGGCAGCUACAACGGCAAAUACUCCUACCGCCAGAACGGACUCUUGAAGCAAUCGUUUAGUAUUACCACUGUCGACAAUCAAAAGCUCCAUCUUAUCUCGUACUACACGUCCGACGACGUCAGUUCCGAGCGCCUUCGCAACACUCCUUCCUCAGACCCCCAAUUAUCCAAAAUUGUCAUUCCCAAGGGCCUCUAUCCCGAGACUGCAGUCAACAACGAGCAGCCCGUCCCCAUCAUCCAGGCGAGCCCUUCGCCCCCCAUGUCCCACUCUCUCCGGCAACGCCCUGCUGUCGCUCGUCCCAUGCAACAGCAGAGCGAGGAAGAAUCUCGAAUCCCCAAAGUCCUUACCCACCCACAGCCACAUCACCACCAUCGUCGCAACGAUUCUGCCUCGUCCUCGCACUCGCACUCCUCGGGUCACCGUCGAACAAACUCAGGGUCACUGAGUCUGAAGGAUCACCGUUACUCACCGAUCCAAAUCCCUGAUGGAAAGCACUUGGGUGCCCGAUCUCGAUCCAAUAGUAACCUUGCUGUUUACUCUUCCAUGAGCCCAAAUGGCAAUCUUCAAGAGCUACGCGAUCGUCGCUACAAAUCAUCAAGUCCAGCGGCAAUGACCUUGUUUCCCACACCACCGUCCAAUGCCUAUUCGCCUGCAGCUUCGUGGGCCUCGGACGAUGAUCAUCCCAUGACGGAGGACCGUGCAAACGAUGCUCCUGGCAUCACUUCCAAGGCAGUUCCUCUGCGCGAGCUCCCUCCAAUCCACCAAGGCAUUAAGGAUCAGGCGAUGGAGGGUAGCGAGCAAGAUUCUCUUUCUGUCCUGGCAAACCUUGCCACCCACACCAUGCUCCUCCCCAAGUUGGAGCCUAAAGAGGUCUCGCGGGAAAGAGUCCGAUGGGUCGAAGACGACCGUCAAUUGCGUGCUCUUUCAUCUAUGCUCCGCCUCUAA